CCAAAAUUCAAUUGAACAGUGAACUGUCACUGAAUAUCGCCUCUGAUUUAUGAUUAACACUAUAUCACCUGAUUUUAAUUAAGUUACAACUUGGAAAAAUUUAUAAAUAAUAAUUUUUAAGCACUUAUUUUAAGUGGUAAAUUAUAAAAUAAACUUUUUUUAGUUUUAGAAAAUGGUUAGUGAUUUAAAUAAAACAAACAUGGACAGAGUAAUUACUUUCAAAGAAGUUAGAAAGCAUCGUAAACAAGACAGUGUUUGGAUUGUAAUACACGAUGAAGUAUACGACGUUACGGCAUACUUGGAAGAGCAUCCUGGUGGUGAAACUAUCUUAUUAGACUAUGCAGGAGAAGACGGCUCACAAGCAUUUGAAGAUUUUGGUCAUAGUCAAGAUGCUAGGGAAAUAAUGAAAAAGUACAAAAUAGGAAUAUUGGCACCAGAAGAAAAAACAUCUUUCCUUGAGGAGUGUUCCAAAUUGAAAUGGGCAGUCCUGGCGCUGGCGGGGGCAGUCGUAAUAGGAUUUGCACUUAAGAAAUACCUAAAUAAAUAGGAAAACUUACAGUUAUAUACAAAUUACGAAUUAUCUAAGUCCUAAGCAAUGUACAAAAGAAUCUAUUUAAUGUAAUAAUUUAUUUUGAAACGCAAUACUAUGUAAAUAUUGAUUUUAUAUCAUUCUAUACAAUAUAAUAUAUGUUAUAUAUAUUCUUUACAUACUUGUUUUCAUUUUAGUUUUGAUGUUAUAUAUUUUUUACGGGUAUUGAUGUUAUGUGGUUUAACACAUUUGAUUUUUGAAAUAUCAGCAAUAUGAUUUUAUGCAUUUAUUUAUCUUUGUUUUAGAAGAA